CGGCAGCAAGGCUGCGGCGGAGACAUGUGAGAUGGGCUCGUAAAUUAGUGGGGGAAAUAGCCAAGGAAAGGCAAGAUGUCAAGUGGGAUCCGCAGCCCUAGGUCUGCGUGAAAGGACAAUGCAAGCUUCGACGAAACAUGACUGCAGGGAAAUUGGAAGUAGAAGCGUAAUAGAAGAAGAAGAAGAAGAAGAAGAAGUGGCUUGGAAUCUGGAGUGACGGCAUUCUCAUCUCCCUGAAUCCGGCCUCGUUCCCUGCUGUUGCUGUUGCUGGUGCUGCUUUUGCUAUCAAGCCACACCCCCUCAACACCCACAAGAGUGUUAUGUCGUAGAGUGUUUCUGCUUUAGAUUUUGAGGGUCUCGUUUGGGUUGUUAUUGAGAGCUCGUGUGUGGAGACUUGGGGCCUGUGCUGUUUUCGUGUAGUUGGAGCUCAAGCCCGAGGUGUCUGGGUUUGACAUUUGCAGGAUAGAGGAGGGGAGAGCUUGAAGUUCUUAAACCGACACGAUGUCUUGCGGUGGUUGUGGCUGCUGCCCCAAGUGCGGGUGCCGAGCAACUUGCACUUGCAACCAAAAUAUCUGGUCUCUUGAAAGCCGGGACGAUAUGAGGUAUGCCGGCCUGAAGCCUGUGGUGGAUGAUUACGAAGGCCAAUAUAACUUCAAUGGCGACAGCCAGUAUUUCUCACCUCAGAGCUGUUACAACUCGGUGGCUGGUGAAAACAAGUGCGGCAAUUGCGACUGUGCAGGGACUUGUGCAAAAGAGGGGGGCUGCAACGGUGGUUGCGGAGCUGAUUGCGGCUGCGCCAACUAGUAGAGUCAAGUAGAAGAUUUGUGAGACACUAUUCAUAGUAGCAAUGCCAGCGCUUGUACCAUGAGAGUGAUUUAUCAUUACCCCCAAUAGAUGUCAGUCCAUGAAAGACCAUCGUGAAUACCAACAGCUAGAUCUACUUUCUAUGUUCCGAAUAAUUUGCACCAUCAGCGCAUGGAUUCGAAUCCUGCUGAAAUGGCUUGCAAAGGAACUGUCAUGAGGUGUGCCUGAUACAGGGCUAGUUUAACCAGUUUGCGCAAGGAUCGAGUAGUCGAGAAUUUCUUACUCUUGUGCCGCUGACCACCGUCACUGCCAGAAGGUUCUCACUCAUGAUGCGGACAAGCUUCUUGUGUCGAUCGCAGAAUUGCAUAAUGCCACUUUGCUGAUUUUGCCACCCAGUUUCAAA